GGCGGCCGGAGCAGGAGGCGAGGCGGGCGGGCACCUGCUGCUGCUGUCCCCGCCGAGGUGUCCGUGGCGCAGCGGGAGCCGGAGAAGCGGAUCCGGAGCCGAGAGCGCGGACCCGGCCGGAGCGGCAGCGUGAAUGAAAGUUUGGUCCGAAUUGCGCGCCGGGGACUCCAACCGUCAUGUUAAGAUAAAGCAGAAAGGAGCAGUGCUGAACAUGCUAAAGAGGUUAGACAAAAUAAGGUUCAGAGGUCACAAGAGAGAUGAGUUCCUCGAUUUAGCAGAGUCUCCCAAUGCUUCCGACACUGAAUGUGGAGAUGAAAUUCCUAUGAAAAUACCUCGUACAACAGGCAAAGACAGCGAUGAAUUGAGAGACCCUGCUGGUCCUGGGACCAUCAACAUGGCUUCGGGAGUCCAGGAUUACAACAGGACGGAGUCGGAUAGAUUAAAUGAGAUCAAAGGCCAUCUGGAAAUUGCCUUACUGGAAAAACACUUUCUACAGGAGGAGCUCAGGAAGCUGCGAGAAGAGACGAAUGCUGAAACGUUGAAACAAGAGCUGGAAAAAGAACGUCUACGGAGGAUAGAACUGGAGCAAAAAGUCAAUGAAAUACUAAAAACAAGAACAGAAGAAUCACCACCACCUCCGCAACCCCCAAAAGCACAGACACAAGCCAAUGGAACAGAUAAACGCAGCAACAUGAUGUGUUCACGGGUUCAGAAGUGGGUCUAUGACAAAUUUGGGGAAUAUAUUGAAGACUUCAGGUUUCAGCCCGAAGAAAACACAGUUGAAACAGAAGAACCACUUAGUGCUAGAAGGCUCACAGAAAAUAUGAGACGAUUAAAGAGAGGUGCCAAACCCGUCACAAAUUUUGUGAAGAAUCUUUCUGCCUUAUCAGACUGGUAUUCUAUCUAUACUUCUGCUAUUGCCUUUAUUAUCUACAUGAAUGCUGUAUGGCAUGGCUGGGCCAUUCCUAUGUUCUUAUUUUUAGCAAUUUUGAGGUUAUCCCUAAAUUACCUCAUAGCCAGAGGGUGGAGAAUACAGUGGAGUAUUGUGCCUGAAGUUUCUGAGCCCAUUGAACCUCCAAAGGAAGAUCUAACAGUGUCAGAGAAAUUCCAGCUUGUUCUGGACGUGGCACAAAAAGCACAGAAUUUGUUUGGCAAAAUGUCAGACAUACUGGAAAAAAUCAAAAACUUGUUUAUGUGGGUGCAGCCAGAAGUUACGCAAAAGCUGUACAUUGCUCUGUGGGCGGCGUUUAUAGCAUCCUGCUGUAUUCCGUACAGGAUCAUCGGCCUUUCAAUGGGACUUUAUGCAGGAAUCAAAUUUUUCCUUAUCGACUUUGUCUUCAAGCGGUGCCCGAGGCUACGAGCAAAGUACGAUACCCCUUAUAUCAUAUGGUUAAACUUGCCCACAGAUCCCCAGCUCAAAGAGAGAGCUAAUGCUACAGUAUCAAGACGGCUGUCAGGGCAUGAAAAGCUUCAAACGGCAACGUCGCGAAGUUGUGUGGGCUCAAGCGCCCCAACGGGAGUAAGCAGAGACGAAGACAGCAGCCGUUUUCACACCACCAAGAGAGGCAACUUCUAUGAAGUAUUUAAUUUGUCGGAAAACGAGCGUCCUUUGUCAGUGUGUGAGAACGGCUGGCGCUGCUGUUUAAUUAACAGAGACAGGAAGAUGCCCACAGACUACAUUAGAAAUGGAGUGCUUUACGUCACAGAAAAUUAUUUGUGCUUUGAAAGUUCCAAAUCUGGUUCAUCUAAAAGAAAUAAAGUUAUAAAACUGACAGAUAUUACAGAUAUUCAGAAGUACAAAGUGCUUUCCGUCCUUCCCGGAUCCGGAAUGGGGAUUGCGGUAUCAACGCCAUCUACGCAAAAACCUUUGGUGUUUGGUGCCAUGGUACACAGAGACGAAGCUUUCGAGACUAUAUUCAACCAGUAUAUCAAGAUAACUUCUGCAGCAUCCACCAGCGAAAGCUAGUAGAUCACCGUGGGUUCUCCUGGGGAGACUUUCUAUUACUUUUACUCACUCGGUAGUGAAUAAAAAGGUGGAACAUCCUUCAUCGGUUCUGCAAUAAUUUUCUUUGAUGCAUAUGUCUUACGUUACACACGAGUGUAUUUUAUAUACGCCUUCCAUGUCUUUGUUUUUUU